CUUGGCCACACCACAGAAGUAGUUGGGACCUUCUCUCUGUCUGAAAUCAAACUGGGACUAUCUCCGACUUAUGUUACAUUUGUGCCAUGGCUGUUCAGUGGCUGAAGGACUACUGUUCUAGUGAAAGCAGGAUUUUGUGAGGAAGCUGAUGACGUGGUUUCAAAACCUGAAACUAAAGGGAUAGAAGUCGUCCAUUUGCCCGUCCACCUGCGUCCCUUCUCCUCCUCCUCUCGCCAUGAGUUCCCGAGUUGUGAGUAGGAAAGGAGAACCGCAGUACCGCCGGCACUUCCUGACAGACAACAGCAGCUUUCAUGUGGAGCGAUGUAUGAGUGUGAUGCAGUCUGGAACACAAAUGGUAAAGCUGAAAGCAGGAUCCAAAGGGCUGGUGAGACUCUUCUACCUGGAUGAGCACCGUUCCUGCAUCCGCUGGAAGCCGUCACGCAAGAGUGACAAGGCCAAGAUCAGCAUUGAUUCGCUAUACAAAGUGACAGAGGGUGGUCAAUCAGACAUCUUUCAUCGACAUGCAGAAGGAAACUUUGACCCGGCCUGCUGCUUCACGGUGUACCAUGGAAACCACAUGGAGUCCCUUGACCUGGUGACGUCAAAUGCGGAAGAAGCCAGGACCUGGAUAACUGGCCUUCGCUACCUGAUGGCCGGGAUCAGUGAUGAGGACUCGCUAGCCAAACGGCAGCGCACACAUGACCAGUGGAUGAAGCAGACGUUUGAAGAAGCUGAUAAAAACGGAGAUGGUCUGCUGAACAUUGACGAGAUCUACCAACUCCUCCACAAGCUGAAUGUCAAUCUGCCACGCAGGAAGGUCAAGCAAAUGUUUCAGGAAGCAGACACGGACGAUCAGCAGGGCACGCUGACAUACGAGGAGUUCCUAGUCUUCUACAAGAUGAUGUCUCUGAGACGGGACCUGUUCUUGCUGAUGAUGGCGUACAGCGAGAGGAAGGACCACCUGACAGCGGAGGAGCUGGCCAACUUCCUGCACACUGAGCAGAAGAUUGCCAGUGUGACUCCAGAGUAUGUUGCAGAAAUCAUUGACAAGUUUGAGGUGUCUGAAGAGAAUAAACAAGGAGGCGUUAUGGGGAUUGAAGCUUUUACAAGUUUCAUGCGCAGUCCGACAUGUGACAUUUUCAACCCUUUGCAUCAUGAGGUGAAUCAAGACAUGGAGCAGCCUCUGUGUAACUACUUCAUUGCCUCCUCUCAUAAUACUUACUUGACUGGGGACCAGCUUCUCUCCCACUCCAAGACUGACAUGUAUGCCUGGGUGCUGCAAUCCGGCUGCCGCUGUGUAGAAGUGGACUGUUGGGAUGGUCCUGAUGGAGAGCCAAUGGUCCAGCACGGCUACACUUUGACCUCCAAGAUACCGUUCAAGUCUGUCAUAGAGGCCAUCAAUAAAUAUGCCUUUGUAAAUAACCCGUACCCAGUAAUUCUGUCUAUAGAGAACCACUGUAACAUCCAGCAGCAGAAGAAGAUUGCUCAGUACCUGCGGGAAAUCUUCGGGGACAAACUGGAUGUGGGAGAAGCACUGAGCAGAGACUCCACAACAUUACCCAGUCCUCACAGCCUGCAGGGCAAGAUACUCAUCAAAGGGAAACGUCUGCCUGCCUAUCUGUCUGCGGACGCUGAGGAAGGGGAGGUGUCUGAUGAUGAUAGUGCUGAUGAAAUAGAGGAGGACUUCAAACUCAAGAGCAGUAAUGGCAAUGGUCAUCACCAGGUGGAGUCUCACAUUAGAAAGAAACUGGACUCUCUUUUGAAGGAGUCCCGAAUCGGAGACAAGGAAGAUACUGACAGCUUCAGCAUCAGAGCUCUGCUCCGAGCUACACACCAGGGCCUUCAAAAGAACCUGCGGCAGAGCUCCAAAGGGGUUCUGAGGAAAUCCCAAAGCAGAUCAUUCAUCACGACACUCAAACAGAAGAGGCACUCCAAAUCCAGAUUGUCAUGCCAAACUGUGGACAAGGAGGAGGACAGUCAGGAGAGGUCUGGGAGGGAGGCUGGAGGACAGUUCAACAGGGGUGGAAGGAAGAGGAAGACAAUGAAACUGAGUAGAGAUCUGUCAAACCUGGUGGUCUUCACCAACUCUGUUGCCUCCCAGGAGUGUCUGAAUGAAGGUACUCCAGGUGAUGUCCUGUCAUUCAGCGAGACCAGAGCCCAGUCUCUGGUCCAUCACAGAUCCGAACAGUUCCUGGCUUUUAACCAGAGGCAGCUGUCACGGAUUUAUCCCUCAGCCUAUCGUAUCGACUCGUCCAAUUUCAACCCCCAGUUCUACUGGAACGUGGGCUGUCAGCUGGUCGCUCUGAACUAUCAGACAGAGGGGAGGAUGAUGCAGCUCAACAGAGCCAAGUUCAAGGUGAACGGAGGUAUUGGCUACGUCCUCAAGCCCCCUCCUAUGUGUAAAGGCUCCUUUAACCCAUUCAGUGAUGACCCACUUCCAGCUUACCCCAAAAAGCAGCUCAUUCUCAAGAUUAUUAGUGGACAGCAUUUGCCCAAACCACCAGACUCCAUGCUCGGGGACCGCGGAGAGAUUAUUGAUCCAUUUGUUGAAGUGGAGAUCAUCGGCCUGCCAGUUGAUUGCUGCAAGGAACAGACACGGGUUGUUGAUGACAACGGUUUUAAUCCAGUAUGGGAGGAGACUCUGUCCUUUACACUUCACAUGGCUGAGGUGGCUUUGGUGCGCUUCCUUGUCUGGGACCAUGACCCUAUUGGACGGGACUUUAUUGGUCAACGGACAGUUGCCUUUAACAGCCUAAUGCCUGGUUACAGACAUGUUUACCUGGAGGGGCUGACUGAGGCUUCCAUUUUUGUGCAUGUGUCAGUGCAUGAUGUCUAUGGCAAGUGGAUCCCACUAGUCCUGAACCCCAGUUUUACCAUAAUGCACUUUCUAGGAUCCAACAAGGGUCACCACUUGCGAGGUAUCCGGGGUUUGUUUAACCGUUCUUCCAAGUCUUCAGUAGACACAAACUCCAAUGGCCUUCGAAAACGCUCUAUUAGUGACCAUCUCCUGCGGCGCACAGCCAGCGCUCCAGCAAAGGGACGGAAGAAGACCAAGAUGGCGCUAUCAGAGUCAGUGGCGUCGAUAUCAGACCAAAAGACCUGCACAGGUGCAGCAUCAGGAGAAGAGGGCGUGUCAGAGAAAGACAGAGGGGCAGAGAAGCGUCUUCAGCCCCGAGGCCCCCUCAUUCACAGACCUGUCUCCAUGCCCUUAGACAGACUCCUUCAAGGGCAGCUAUCUCUCUGCUCCCCAGACAAGGAGCAGCAUGAUAUGGAUGCAGAUAUUGUCACUGUAGAGAACUGACUAGGAUAUUCCAGCAGGAGCCUACCCCCUCAACAUACCCAGGUCUUCCUCUGUGGACCUGCUCAUGGAAUCAUCAUUGUCUAAGACAUACAAAAAUAAAGA